CCCCUUUCAAUCUCUCUGUGUUCUUACUGUGUUUUCGCUUGUGAAGUUUUAUAUUUGUUAUUGAUUUGCAGGCGGUUCGCUGGGUUUGUGUUUGGUGCCAAGGGGACUGUGAGUCAAUCGUUUGCAAGGUAUUUCUGAGAAUUGGGUUUGUGGUUUCGUUCUUGAUUGUUUUGAAUCGUUUUGUGUUUUUUGUUUUUGGGUUUUUUCUUCUUUUGUUAAAUGUUUUUGAGGAGGAUAGUUGUUUUUGGAUAUUUUGAAUAAACUGGAGGAUGGUAAGGUUUUGUUAUUUGGUGAAUUCAUCUGUGUAAGUGAGGGUUUUGUUUAGGAGGGUACAGCUACAUUUAAUUUGUGGUUUUGGUGAAUAGACAGUCUAGAAGGUCGAAAAAAGGAGAGGAAGAGAAUCAAGAUCAAGAUCAAGAUCAUACCAUUAGUUCAAAAUCGGUGAUCAAAAUCAACUACGGUGAACAGCGGAAUGGCCACCGAUGGGAAUGCUAUCGUACCAUCGCCGAAAGCUCCAGCUGAACCUAACCCGGGAGCGCCUGAGGCUCCGCCUACGGCUCCAACGUCUGCUCGUCCUCCUAGACCAUCAAAAAGCAAGAGAAAGCGGGCUGAAAAGAAGGCAGUGAAGCCACUGAAGGUCACAGCCAGGUCCGAUGUCUGGGCACACUUUGAGAAGUUUGAUAGGGCAAUUAUAGAAGUUGUGGAUGGAAAGAAGCAGGAAGUCGGACAUGAAGUAAGAGCAAAGUGCAGGUAUUGUGAAACUGACCUUGCUGGAGAUUCUUCUUUUAGUGGCACUAGCACAUUAAGAAGGCACAUUGAGAUUGUAUGCAAAAAAUACCCGGGUAGGGCUGAUAUAGAGGGGCAGCAGGUUUUAACUAGUGAUGGGAUGGCUUCCCGUACUCUAGUGUCUAGAACUUGGACUGAAGAUGCAUGUACUUUAGCUGCAUGUAAAAUGAUAGUAGUUGAUGAACUACCAUUUAGUCAUAUAGAGAAACCUGGGUUUAGGCAUUUUUGUGAAGUAGCUAUCCCCCAUUGGACAGUCCCAUCUAGACGUGCCAUUGUAAGAAAGUUUUUAGAAUUGUAUGAUGAAAAAAAAGAGGAGCUGAAAAUGGAAUUAAGCAAGCAUAGGGUCUGUCUCACUACCGAUACAUGGACAUCGGUACAAAAUGUGAACUACAUGGUGUUGACCGCCCAUUUCAUAGAUAGUGGGUGGAAAAUGCACAAAAGAAUUUUGAACUUUUGUGUCAUUUCCAAUCACCAAGGCACAGCCAUAGGAAAAAUGCUUGAAACGUGUUUAGUUCAAUGGAAAAUUGAUAAAGUGUUGACUGUGAGUGUUGAUAAUGCAUCGGCAAAUAAGGUUGCCAUUGAUUAUUUGAGGAGAAAAAUGGCCAAUUGGGCUGUACCCCCUGUUUUGGGAGGCAAGCAUUUGCAUGUUAGAUGUCUUGCACACAUUUUAAACUUGAUUGUGAAAUCUGGUUUGACUAUACUAGAUAGAGCAAUAGCUAGUAUAAGGAAUGCGGUAAAAUAUGUUAGGAGCUCUUCCUCUAGAUUAGAUGUGUUUAAGUUGUGUGUUGAAAGAGAAGUGCCUGAAUGCACCAAGGUGUGUAUUCUUGAUGUUCCAACAAGGUGGAACUCUACAUAUUUGAUGUUAGAGACUGCAAUUCAGUUAAAGAAGGCAUUUGAUAGAUUGGCAGAAGAAGAAGAUGUGAAAUAUACAAGCUACUUUGAUGAGGAUGAGGAACUAUUACAAGAAGAAGCUGCUCUUGAAGAGGCAAAGCGUAGAAAACCGAUGAAGAGGGUAGGGCCUCCAAAGGAUGAAGAUUGGGAGAGGGCUGAGUUGUUUGUGGGGUUUCUGAAAGUUUUCUAUUAUGUUACACUCCGGAUUAGUGCAUCUACUAAGCCUACUGCACAUAGCGCAUUUCACGAUAUUGUUGCUGUAAAUUCAGAGAUUAAUGCAUUAUUUAGGACGCUGGAAAUGCAAGAUGGAAGUGAAGGUGAGAAACUUAUGGUUGAGAUGGCUGUGAAGAUGGGGACAAAGUUCCGGAAGUAUAUUGAUAGCAUAGAUGAUAUGAAUCAGCUGCUGUUUGUAGCCUUGGUUUUGGACCCUCGAUACAAACUUAGGAAUCUUGAGCAUAAUUGUGUGAAAUACCUGCAAUUUGACAAUGAAAGUGUGAAAAGAAAAUCUGCCGAAGUGAAGGAGUUGUUGGUGUCUUUGACAGAUUUGUAUGCAUCAUCGGCUGCUGCUCAAAAUGGUCAAAAAAAUCGAGGAAGAGAGGCUAUGAACAGUAGCAGUGUCACUACUAGUUCUGCAGCAAAGAAUAUGACAGGCAAAAUGGCUGAAAUGCUUGAUGAUUGGGAGAGGGAGCUUGAAAACAGCUGUGAAGUUGUCGUGGAGAGUGAGGUAGAUAGGUAUUUGUUGGAUCCUUUUGAAAAGCCUCCAAGAGCAGCUGAAUUUAGCAUCUUACUAUGGUGGAAGCUUAAUGGCUCCAAGUAUCCUAAUCUCCAGCUAGUAGCAAAGGAUGUUUUUGCUAUUCAAGUGUCAACCGUUGCUUCCGAAUCAUGUUUUAGCACCGGGAAUAGAGUAAUUGAUCCGUAUAGGAGUUCUCCAACUCCUAAAUCUGUUGAAGCAUUAAUAUGCUUGCAGAAUUGGAUCAAAUCAGAAAACGUGCAAAGUAUUGAGUUUUUUCUAACAAUUGAGGAGAUGGAGUUCUAUGAGCUGUGUGAAAAUGACUAUGCGAAGGAUAAGGCUGCUGACAAUCAGCAAAAAAGGCUGCUUGUAGGGCCAAAAAAUCGAAGAUGGCUGCUGGGACAAGUGUGGAAGCCAAUUAAUGGAUGGCUACAUUCUUUAAUUGUUCUUGAUGAGUACUUGAAUUUGGAUGUUAUGUAUUCUAGAUAUUCGAAUUUGCAGCUUGAACUUUGGAUUUUGAUAGUGUUUUAA